UGUCAAAGCAGAAGAGCUGAGGGGCAACUGACAGCAGCACAGCAUUGCAGUUGCAGUCGACAGUCCAUGCAAGCCUCGCCAUGACUGGGUCUCAGGACAACAUCCGCCUCGCCAUCUCGCUGCGCGAUGGCUCCCUCGAGAAGAGCGUGCUGUUCUCGCUGUCGCAGAUCACGUCGCUGCCUCAAGAUGUCACGACUGUGCCGCGAUCCAGCGACUUGAUGACGGACGCAGAGCUGCAGCUGACCGAGGACUACGAUGCCACGGCGCUGCUGGAGAGGCUGGCGGCGAAGAAGAUCACCGCGGCUGAGCUGCUGGCGGCGUUUCGAAAGCGGGCAACGAUUGCGCAACAGUGUACAAACUGCCUCACUGAGCUCCUCCCCGAAGCCAUCUACGACGCCGAGGCCUGUGACCAGCAUCUCGCCAUGACCGGCCGCCUCAUGGGCCCCCUCCACGGCAUCCCCCUCUCGCUCAAGAACCAGAUCGGCGUCAAAUCGCACCUGACAAACGCCGGCUUCGUCACCUGGAUUAACAACACCAGCAGAGACGAUGCCGCCAUUGUCAAGACCUUCCGCAAGCUGGGCGCUGUUGUCUUUGCGCGCACAAACCAGCCCCAGGCCGGCAUGCACCUAGAGACGUCUAACAACAUCUACGGCACGACGGUGAAUCCCAGAAACCGCCAGUUGACGGCGGGAGGAAGCACGGGCGGCGAGGCGGCGCUGAUGGGCAUGAAUGCGUCGGUGCUGGGCAUUGGAGGCGACAUUGGAGGCUCGAUCCGCGUGCCAGCCGCCUUUAACAACCUCUACGGCUUUGUUCCGACCCCUGGCCGCUUCAGCGGCAUUGGCGUCACCGUCCCAACCCCUGGCCACGACUCCAUCGCCGGCACUCUUGGCCCCUUUGCCCGCUCUCUUCGCGAUAUCGAGCUCUUCUGCAAGGCCUACUCGUCCACCCUCCCCUGGAUCGAAGACGUCUCCCUCAUCCCCGGCAACAUCUUCUCGUCGUCCAUGGGUCGUCAACUGGACGAAACUCGCCCGCUCAAGGUCGGUCUCCUGCUCGACGACGGCGUGGUGUCUCCCCUGCCCCCUGUGCGAGCCGUGCUGCAAAAAGUGGCCGACAAGCUGCGCCAAGCCGUCGACGUCCAGGUCGUGACGUUUUCGCCAAUGGACCACGCUAAGGGCUGGGAAAUCAUUGCCGCAAACUACUUUGAAGACGGCGGCGCUAAUAUCCGCGCCAUCUGCGAAAAAGGAGGCGAGGCCGUGCUGCCCCUGACGGAAUGGAUCAUCAACGAGUGCCAAAAGGGCCGGGCGUCUGUUGCCCCGUCGCCAGAGGGCCUCAAGGAAGCGCGUGACGCCUACCGCCAGGCCUACAGCGACCACUGGAACCAGUUCGACGUCGACGUCGUGCUGGCGCCGAUAUACCCAAGCGUGGCUGGUCCUCACGGAGCUACGCGAUACUGGGGCUACACGGCCAUCUGGAAUCUGUUGCAGUAUCCGGCUGUGGCAAUGCCGGCGGCCAAGCUCGUGGGAGGCGCAAGUGCCGCCGAGCUUAGAGGCGAGUACACGCCCAAGAACGAUUUGGAGAAGCACUACUGGGAGAUUUACAGCGCGGACGACGCCGAGGGACUGCCGAUUGGAAUCCAGGUUGUUGGGAAGCGCUAUCAUGAGAGAAUGGUGCUGCAGGCUUCGCGGGUGAUUGAGAAGGCUUUGCUUGCCAAGUAGAGGAUAAUGGAGGCAGCACUGAUGGCAGUAGCCGCUAUGGAUGUGUAGAUGGAUAUGAUUGAUAUAUUUGCUCAAGGAUAACUACCAGUAGGAUUCAAUGGAAUUACUAACAAUGCGGUAUUCGUUUUCUCUCA